AUGAAGUUCGAGCUACUACCAGUCAUAUACACAGAUGUUCCCGCUCUCGCGCGAAUCAGUGCCGAAGCCUUCGCACGCGAUCCGCAUGCCCAAGUGAAGCAAUUGGGCCGCAAACCAAUUGACAUGUUUUCCUUGACGUCUCCGGUCAUCACGCAGAGCCUUAAUCGCGAAAGCAUUGUAUACAUGAAAGCUGUAGACAACGAAGAGAACGAACUUCCGGGAUUCUGCUGUUGGGGCUAUCGAGUGGACACCCAGCUGGUGCCGCGCGCCGACCCGGGAAUGUUGCCUUCGGAGACGGCAAAUGAAGAAGAUGGAGAAGAAGGUUCGACAAGUGAGAAUGACAGCAUAGAUCCUCUCAACACACUCGAAGCAGAAGAUAUGAAGCGGUGGAUGGAUAUCUUCAUGCCCGACGAGACGACGCAGUGCCUGUACAUUCAAAUGUUAUGUGUUGCCCCCCAUGCACACGGGAAAGGACUUGGAAGUGCAUUGGUCCUGUGGAGAGCAGCGGUCGCGGAUCGACUCGGUCUAUUCACCUGGGUACAAGCUUCUGAGAAAGCCUACCGAGUCUUGUCGAAACAUAGUUUUGGUGUCGUGGGGGAUUGGACGUGGACCUGGAAGAAUGGGCACCGGACGACGCACGACGCAAGAAUGAAUUGGGGAUAA